CAUUUUAAAGGUAGAAUACUAUACUGAAACAAAUCAUUUUACUCAAUUAUGCGCAAAGUUCAUGAGAUUAACAAUAAUCAACUUACACAUUUAGAGGUAUUUCUGUUGUAACAUAUAUAUUUAUAUAAAGAGUGUAACGCAUUUGUAGAUAAAGAUUUAUUUUUAAUUCGAAAUUCAUAGUUUAAAAAAUCGAUAAAUUAUCAACACAUUUGGACAUGGCACCCGGCAAUAAGAGAUGCAAUUAAAUAUUACUGCUCAUUCGAAUAUUUUUAUGUUAAAGAAUCUUAAUUAUUUAUUAAACGGUCAAAUGGCUUAAUACCCAUAACGUAAUAUCUAUUUAAAUUCUUAGUUAUUCAUCGUAUGGUCGUAAAAAUUUUCCGAAAGUUUGAAAAGGUUAAUGAUUUUCAUUUUACAUGCUUAUUAAUGUAACUACCUACUAAAUAUUAAAUUAAAUUUGUAUUACUAGAUUUUCUUAAUAAAUGAAAAAUUACAAUAUUUCUUUUAUAAUUUUCGUAAAAGAACGAUAAACGUUCGAGUCUCUCUACUAUAUACAUAAAAGGUUAUCACAAUGAAUUUAUAUGUAAGUGAUUGAUAAGAGAUACAAAAUUCUUAUGUCAUCAUUAUAAUAUAAGUGUAAUAGUUAAAAAUUCAAUAGUUUCAUCUCUUAAAUUGCUUUGGAUUUGUUUUGCGAUAUACGUAAAUAAAUAAUUUGAAUUUUGAAUUAUUUAUAAAGAAGGUAUUUAUGUAAUUUACAUAUUACAUCCAAUUUUUUAUAAGGUAAUAUUUAUUAAGAUGGAGGUUAACAUUUUGGAUGGUGGAUUUAGUGCACAAUUAUCUACUCAUGUUGGUGCAAAAAUUGAUGGUGAUCCAUUAUGGACAUCACGAUUUUUAGCAACAAAUCCUGAUGCAGUUUAUGCAACACAUUUAGAUUUUUUAAGAGCAGGAGCAGAUAUCAUAGAAACUAACACUUAUCAAGCAUCAGUUUCUGGUUUAAUGAAACAUUUAUCUAUAACUGAAGAAGAAAGUAAAAAUUUAUUAUGUGAAGCUGUCAAUUUUGCCAAAAAAGCAGUUAAAGAUUACACAAAAGAAACAUCAGAAAAUGAUAAAAUUGAAAACAAAAAUCCAUUAAUUGCUGGCUCUUGUGGACCUUAUGGAGCCAGUUUACUCGAUGGUUCAGAAUAUAAUGGAGCUUAUGGUAAAACCACACAUCGUGAGAUUAUGAAACAUUGGCAUAAAUCACGUAUUGAUAUUUUAGUAGAUGCUGGUAUUGAUUUAUUGGCACUAGAGACUAUACCUUGUUAUCAAGAAGCAGAAACAUUGGUUGAACUUUUACGAGAAUAUCCAAAUGUUAAAGCAUGGCUUUCAUUUUCUUGUAAAAGAAAUAGCCUAAACAUAGUAGAUGGAAGUAAUUUUGAAGAAGUAGCUACUCGCUGUUACAGGAUGGCUUUACCUGGGCAAAUAGUUGCCAUUGGUGUGAAUUGUCUUGCUCCAACUGAUGUAACUCCUUUACUAAAAAAUAUUAAUAAAGAUGAGAAAAAUGAAUUCAUCCCAUUAAUAGCAUAUCCCAAUAGUGGAGAAAUUUAUUCUUCAACUGAAGGAUGGAUAUGGAAUGAAAGUUGCGACUCGAUAGAAAAUUUUGUGCCAGAAUGGUUGGAACUUGGAAUACGUUAUCUUGGAGGUUGUUGCAGAGUGUAUUCAGAAAACAUCAAAUCUAUCAGAAAAGCAGUAAAUAAUUUCAAGACAAAAUUGCAGCAAUAAUGUAAUAAAUUUUAUUCAAUAUUUUAGUUAUUUUGUACUUUAAAUAAAAUCUAUUUCAAUUACAAAU